UUAAGUAAAUUUAUUUAGGAGAGCUUUCUCAUUUAAAAGAAAAUAAAAUAAUAAAAUAAAAAAAAAAAGACUUUCAUGACAGUAGGGCUGAAAUAUCCAUUUUUAGUAUAUUCAUAGGAGGAUUUCAUUCAUUAGUGGCCUGUUCUUAUCUUCACCACUUGGUCUUGUCAAAGCCUCAAUGCUUGUUAGUAGAUACAGAGGACAGAGGCAAGCUGCCUUUCAUGUUGGAUGUUAUGCAGCAAAUGAGCAAUAUGUAAACAAACUGAAAAAAAAGGAAGAAGUCAGCAAUGCAUUGCCAUUCACUAACAUGCAUUUCACACUUUCCCUGUAUCGACGUUUUAACAGAACAUGAAUGAUUGCCUUCUUUCCUUACAGGUAGAUCUUGCCAGUUUGUACAUCAAGACUGGUGCCAAGAACAUGCCCACAGUGUUUUUGCUGACAGAUGCCCAGGUUCCAGAUGAACGCUUUCUUGUGCUGAUUAAUGAUUUGUUGGCAUCAGGAGCAGUUCCAGAUCUGUUCAGUGAUGAAGACAUGGAGGGCAUAAUUGCAGGAGUCCGAAAAGAAGUCCCAGACCUGGGAUUGACAGACACCAAAGAAAACUGCUGGAGAUCAUUCUGUGUUUCUCCCUGGUGGAUGCAUGCUGAGAGCCCCAGCUUGGAAGUUCCCAGCCAUCAUGAGCUGUGCCGCUAUUGAUAACUUCGGCCGUGGCCGCAGGAGGCCCUGUGCUCCAUCCACAGGAGGUCCAUUGAGGAAUCGAGGUGGUCGAGGUACAGAGCCUCCAGCUUGUCAGCCUUAUAAGAAAGCAAGAGAAUAUUGAAAGAUCGAUAACUGAAUAAGCUGAUGGGGAAAAAGAAAAUACAGUGCUUUUUUUUUUCACCCCUUCUUGCAUACUUCUUGUCCUUGAUUUUGUUCAAGCUCACCCUGCUGCAUUUUUGGGGGCAUGUCACUGCCCUGGUCCUUCAGAGGAAUUUAGAGAGGUCUCUCAGGCAAAGAAGUGAGUGGGGAAAAAAAAAAAAAAAAAAGGCAUUGUAAUUUAUAGCACUCUUGUCUUUGCAGAAUCCUUCAGUUCUAGAGUGUUUAAGAUCUUCAUAAGUUCAGAAUUUAUUUAACCCUUCACAAUAUAGUUGAAUAUAUAUACUAGUGCUGUAGCAAGUGAGGCUGCAAUUUUGCAGCGCACGGUCCAGGCUACCUAAAGAAAAGCUGCAAGUUUUCCUUCAGUUCAGCAACCAAGCAGGUGAAAAUUUCCUCUGGAACCACAUGACAAACACGUUUAGAGCUUUAAUAUCCGGGUACUUACUCCCCCGUUGCUCCUGAUCAGUCUGUAGUGUGACUUUUGGUGAGGAGGUGAAAUUAAAAAAAAAAAAAAAAAAAAAAAAAA